CCGUGGUUUACCGAACGUAAUAUGGCGUACAAGUUUCGCGAGGAGAUCGUGGGAAAGAGGUUUCUCUCGGUGAGUGAUUUCACCAAGCUGAAGGUGAAUAAAAUUAGUGAGUGGGGUUGGCGUGCGGGGGUGAUACGUGCUGCCAGUCACAGGGAUAACGGCUGUCAUGACCUUCAGAUCCUCGUAGAGUACGACGACGUGGAAUGGCAAAGGAGGGAGUGGCUGUCACCACAUAGGGAUGCCGUAUUUUCCUUCUUUCUCAUUGAAAGAGGUCUCUACUGGGCUGAACGACCUGACCCCAGGCACGCCAGUCUCAUCCCCAUCGAUCAUCAUAAUCACGCGAACAAUAACCACCAUCAGCACCGCAUUAACGGGAAACCGCUCAGGGGCGCCACGGCGGUCGCUGACACCGUUGCUUGGCCAGCUCUUACUUUUUAUCCUCUCGUGGCACGCGCCGAAUUGCACGAGGACGCCAUGCCGAUCGAAUUUAUGCAAGAUCGCAAACUGGACUUCGUCGACUACUCCAAGCUGAAGCCGUUCACUCAGGACUGGGAGCUGACUAAGGGCGCAAUGCCCUGGGGAAACGCCGUUAGAAGAUGGGCCGAGAUGCAGGACGGUCAGAGGAUUCUGUUGACUACGCCCAGCGUCCUGGUCGGUUUCAGGGUCGAAGUUUAUCGGGCGGAAGGCACCACACAAUGGUACACAGCCGUGAUCGUCGGUUACAACGAGUCCACUAAGGAUCUGACUGUCACCGACGAUACGGUCCUCGAAGAUCACAACGAGGAUCCCACAUUAGUACAAAUGCGGCUGAUUGGCGAUGGAGUCGUCGAGAGCAUCAUGAGGGGCGAGGUCGUCGGCAUGACACCAAGGAGGUCGAGGUCAUCGACUGCUCUGACGCACGCGCUCGUUGUGCCACGACCCGGAAGAAGGCCUCGAAGGCGACCAGGAAACGCAGCGCAGUUACAGACAACUCCGAGGGUACAAAGCCCGAUAUCGCAGCAGCUUGAAAAAGAGAAGAACAAUGCCCGUAACAAUCGACGCCGACGCGUGAGCGAAGGUGCCAGUCGCGAGAAAAACGAAAAAGAUUCGGCGGAAUCCACACGGCAACAAGAGGAUCGCGAAAAUAAAGGUCCGCCGUCUAGCAAGGUAAGCAAUCGUGUUGCACGGCCGGUGUUAGAAGAAGCAAACAGUGCAUCGGGAAGUGCUUCGAAACUACGAAGACGUGGCGCCGCGGUAAAGAGUCCGACCACCGACCAGGGGCCGGCACAGCAUCAGAGACCGGCACGAAGAAGACCGAGGCCAGGAAGUGGCCAAGAAGUCAAGACAGACGCAGAGGGAGAGUCUGUCGAGCAUCAUCAUCGUAUCGGAGCGAGAGCCGACAAGGACGAACGCCUCGAGGAGGAAGAACGUCUCGAGGGAGAGGAUGAAGAGAGUCAGGAACGCUGCGAUCCACUGACUAAGCGGCUAAGAACAAGCCCCGUCGGCAGAAAGCUCAGAUCCGAGAGUAGUAAGAGCAAAAACACCGAGGAAGCUGUAGCGGAUCGGGCCAGAGGAUCGGUGGUGGAAGCAGAGGGAGAGGACGAGGAGGAAGACGACGACGAGGACGACGUUGAAGAGGAAGCGGGGGCGGAAAAACACGACGGGGCCGAACGAGAGGUCGGUAAACUUGAAGAGGACGAGGAGAGUCAAUCCAGGGAGCGGGAUAGAGAACCCGAGCCACCACCUCCGGACAAAGUCGAUCCCGGAGGCGAUCCGGCUUCCAAGGAGGAGCAACAACCAGAUAACAAAUCAGAAUCAAGAAAAGACGCUCGCGCGACCGAUUGGGGCGCAGAUAAGGUCGGCGAAAGUAAGGAACAACUACAGCAACAGCAACAGCCACCACAGUUACUCGUGAAUGGAUUGCAUGUCGAUUCGCCGCUGGUCAGCGAUAAGACGAAUGCCAUCCACGAGGGCAGUCCGUCGGUGCUGAAGUCGACUCGAUCAAAGACAAAAGGUUUUGCGGAAGAAGCCAGAGAGGACGUAGCGGCGGCGGCGGCGGCGGCGGCAGAGGACGAGCGCGACGAAAACGUCAGUGAAGAAGAGGUGAGCUCGCAGCGAUCACGACGCACAGAACUGACUACCACCGAGUUAGGCACGGAGGAUAGCGUGGGUAGCGUCGGCGGCGUUAGGGCGGCCAGCGUCGAAUCGGUCGUCGAACUGCUGGAGUCGAGCAGUCAGGACUCAGGCUCCGUGCUGGAGAGGCUGAGUCCGUUUAGUAGCAGCGGCGGCGGCGGCCCCGGCAGGCAGAGCAGCCUGCUCCUGGAACAGCAGCGGGAGCAGGAGCGCAAUCGGCAUAACGAGAGCCCGAUCAUCCUUGCCGAGAGACUGAACAAGCCGCCACCGCCGAUCGCCGGUCACCAUCAUCAUCCUCAUAUACAAUCUUACCAUCAGCCGCAUCAUCAACAACAGUUCCAUCAUCACCAUCAACAGCAUCACCAGCAGCGUUAUUCCGCCAAUAGUCCGGUGAUCCAUCACCAUCACCAGCAGCAACAGCAACAGCAGCAGCAACAGCAGCAACAGCCGCCGUCGCAGCAUCAUCAUUAUCAGCUAGCGAGCAGCCCGCAUCAACAUCACCACCAUUCCACCGCUCGCCUGACCCCGUCGAGCCUCCUCGAGGUGCAACAGCAGUCUCACACAUCGAGGGGUGGCGAUGAGGCCGGCCUCAUGGAAGUGGAGGCCGGGGCCGGUAUACCUGGAACGGGCGUACUCGUCGGUGUGCCUACGGCGGUCGGUGGUAUACGGUCGUCGGGAGGUAGCAGCGGCGCCGCCGGUGUCGCUACUUACGGCGACAGCGGCUCCGACAGCGGGGUAAGCUCGCUGAAGAGCGCCAGUUCUGGCGACGAGAGGAGCGGCAGCAGGAGCUCAGCGCUUAGCGUCGAGGAGACAACAUCGUCCUCGACACCGCUAGCCCCCGCCGCUGCCGCUGCCCCGGCCAGGAUCUGGCACGUGCAGAGCGUGCAACACACGUCCCUAUUGAUGGCGCAUCCGUCCCAGGGCGCGCCCAACGCCGGCGCUAGUGCCGCAGCCACGGCGCCGCCGGUCGGCUACCACAGCCCAGCUCCUCCAAGUCACCAUGCUGCCGAGAUACUCUGGAGGCAGUCGAGGGCCUACCCGCCGCUUUCGCACACACUCUUAGGCCCACAACCAUCCAGUCCGGAGGAGCUGCUUGAAAGAGAGCGCCACGAUAGAAUGCUGCGGGAACGUCGUGAAGUGGAAGUACGCGAGCUGGAGAAGGCCAAGAUGGAACGGGAAAGGCUUGAGAAACAAAGAGCUGAACAAGCGGUUCGUGAGCACUUUCAGGAGUCACUUAGGCUGGCACAACAAAAGGUAUCUUAUGUCCCGCAGAGGAACAUGCAGUCGGCCUCGAUGACUGGAUGGAGCGCUUUCAUGCAGGUACCGCCGCCGAGGACGCACGGGGCGUUGACGGCUCACCCUCCCGCCAGCCACCACGGUCAUCCCAGCGGUCCACCGGGCGGAUCCGCAGCCACCGCCGCCGCCGCGCAUCCCGCCGUCGCGCAGCAGCAGCAGCAACAACGUGAGGAACGGGAGGCGCGGGAACGCGAGCGGGAGCGGGAGCGGGAGCGGGACUUCCGCGAGCGGGAGCAACGGGAACACCUGGCGACUGAAAGGCAUCAACGGCAGGCCGAAGCCAGGGAUCACGCCGCGCAGCAGAGGGCCGCCUACUACGCGGCGGCCGCCGCGGCACCGUCGGCUCAACAGGUUCGACCUUUGAACGUGUCCGGAAAAGUGGAGUACCCGCCACCACCGGCGCACUCACGGACGUCAAAGUCGUCGUUGCAGGUUGCCGGUCUGCACGAGAAAUCGUCGGUGGUUUCGCACAGCUCGUUACCGAAAGCCGAGCCGAAUGUGAACCUGUUCAACUACUCGUCGACGUAUCAGCCACAGCCAUCUUGUACGUCAUAUCUGCAUGAUCUCAAGUUAAAGAACGAGAUAGGACCGCACAAGUCGCUAUCGAGUAAGAGCGGGUUGGCCGGCGGCCUCGAGAGGGACCAUCAUGGCAGAGAGGUGCUACAGAACCCACCAUCCUUAUUGCCGGAUUACAAGAGUUCGGUAAUUGUGAAAAAUGAGGGCAGAGAGCUACCGAAGACACCGGCACCGCAACAACACUCGUCCAGCCCUAAGAUAAUGCCUUACAUGAACGUCCAGUCGGUGGCGCCGCAGCACAAGUCGUCAGCGUACGAAUACAGAAGCCCAACGCAGAGCCCACAUCACUUGCAUCCCGCGCAUCUGGACGGUCUGCAGGCGAAGAGCAUCGCGACAUCCGCGAGUCACCAUCGAGGUGGCGGUGGCGGCGGCGGUGGUGGCGGUGGUGCGCCGCCGCAUCCAUCGCCCCCUGAACCGCGCUAUCUCAGCAGGCCGGAAUCUGCGGGUCUGCCGUACGGCGCGGCCAAGUCUACGUAUCCGUACCCGCAUCCGCAUCCGCCCACGGCCUCGUCGACGACGUCGUCGCAUUACGCCGCGCCGCCGCCGGCCGGCUCGAAGCCGAAAGUCAGCAGCCCGGCACCGCCGCACAUGUACGGCAAGCCUAACUGCGGUAUUACUAAUUGCGGCAUUAUAGCCGGCACGCCGGUCUGCCGUGCCUCCGAAACGCCUGUCGCCGCGCCGAUACCGCUGACCUCGAAGGCCGGCAGCUCGCCUUACCAGCAAGUGCCUCAUCAUCACGGGGCGCCGCCGCCACCGUUGCCGCCACCCGCGCACAGCCGGUCCGUUUACGACAGUCGCUUCCCCGGCUCAUUGCCGGGCGCGAAACUGCCGCCACCGACGUUGCAUGGCUCGCCGCCCCCGGCCGCCUCGGCUCCGCUCACAAGGCCGAUCGCUCAUUCCGCGCAUCUCAAUACCAGCCCGCACCAACAACCCGGUCAAACGUUACAGCACGCGCAGCCCCAGAUCACCACGGCCUUCCAGACGCAACCGCUCGAUCUCGGUGUGGAGAGAUCGGGUUCACCGAAGAGGAAAGCACCGACGCCAUUGUUAUGCGAUAAUACCAGCGGCCAGCCGGUGUCGUUAGAAGUUUGUAAGAAGCGAAGGACCGAGGAACCACAACCAUUAUCCUUACAAUCCGUUGGUCCGCCCGUUCUUUCCAGGGUGAGCGAGCCCAGCCCGCUUAUCGCUUCAGCCGCUACAUCUAUCACUACAGUUGUCAACACUGCAGCAUUGCUGGCGCAGCCAAACAGUCAGGCAACGCAGGAGCAACGCACAGUGACAGCGGUGAGUCCGGCUCCGGGUAAUGCGAGCGGCGACGGUUCCGUACGACCCCCUAGCACCGGCAGCGUAUGCUCGCUAAAUCCAACGCCAGUGAGCGCGGCACCAAGUCCGGCGCCCAUCCCAAGCCCGGCGCCGUCCACAGCACCCAGUCCGGCGCCCAGUGCGCCCGGUACACCCGCCAAGACAAACCCCAGUAACACGGACAGCGAGAAGUGUAACAGUCCGGCACCGAGACCUCCUAGCAGCACCAACUACCCAGUACAUAAACUGAAAAAGGCGUGGUUGCAAAGACACUCGAGGUGCGAAGACGGCACCGAGAACACUAUCAGUAUGGCCGGCAGCAUUACGUUACCUCUCAACAUCUCCCGUGAGACAACGUCCACGAAUAGUAAGAACCGCGACAAUGCGCCGACUACUUGUUUGCCCAGCGCGGUUAAUUCGAUCCACAAUAUCGGUAGCAUGGCGGUAAACAGCAUCAACAAGAGCAAAGUUACUGGCAGGAGCGGCCGAAAACCGGCGAACAAGGAGUCGCUGAAUGGUCACGCCACUGAUACCAGCAAGACUCCACAGGAGGACUCGUCUAGCAGCGACCCGGAGAGGAAGUCGCCGCCUAAACGGAAGCCACCCAAGGUAAAACGAAAGAAGGGCGCCGCACGGAGGCAACAAACGGCCGCGGAAGAUCAGCGGAGGCGGAAGGAGGACAAGCAAGGCGGCGGUGCGGGCAGCGAGUCCAGCAAUGAGAGUGAGGCAGGCUCCAGCGACACCAGCGAACAGUUGAGCUCUAUUCAGCCUGCGUCGAGGGUUCGACACACCACGGCCAAUUCCAACAAUUCCUCGGGAAACGGAAAUAACAAGGAACCUAGGAAACGUGGUAGGAGACCAAAGAGUACGAAAAACAACGACAUGGGAGGCGAGGACCAACAACCCCGUCAAAAAAAGGAACGCAGGGACGACAGUACGAGCGGCAGUAACAACGGUCCGGGUGGAAGCGGUGGACAGUCCUUUCGUAAACCGACGAUAUCGCAACUGAAAAAAUCCGGCGAGAGCUGGCUGCAAGACGGCGCCUGUUUCGAGGUGGCUACGAAAUUGGCCAAGUGUCGCGAGUGCCGAUGGACGCCGAACCAGCGCUCCAAGAACUCUCAGAAUAUCUUCUGCAGAUUCUACGCGUUUCGCAGGCUGCGUUAUACCAAAAACGGACAAUUGGCCAUAGCGGGAUUCAGUGAUCCACAUAAAGACGCGUCCGAGGAUGAUCUUCGAUUAUGGUUACCAGGAGGAGAUAACCAAAAGACAACAGGAAAGGAUGACAAAUCCGAGAAGAACGAGAAGGACAAAGGAGAUCGAGAGGACCUAGACUUAGAAACGGCUUAUCGGCUGCUUUGGCAAGUUGGCGAUCAAUUCUGUGAUCUUUUACAUCAAGAGAAGAACGCCCUCCAAGAACAUAUGGCUGAAGCGAGUUCGGGGGUUGUAGACGGAACAGUAGCGUGGAAACGAGUGAUCCAGGGUGUUCGAGAAAUGUGCGACGUGUGCGAGACUACCUUGUUCAAUUACCAUUGGGCCUGUGGCAAAUGCGGCUUUGUCGUGUGCAUUGAUUGUUAUAAGGGACGUAAAAAUGGAACGGUCAAAAUCUGGGGCGAGAGUGGAAAAGACAGGGACGACUUUUCGUGGCUUUUAUGUACGAAUAGGCAAGUGCACGAACCGGAACGACUCAUGCUUACGCAAAUCAUCGCCGGCGACAGUCUUCUGCGACUGGGUCAACGUCUACACGAAUGUCGUGCAGAAUGGGGAAUUCCGCAACAUUGUGUUUGCUCCCUCGUAACUUCGACGCAAUCAAACGAGAUCCUUCGAAAUCUGAUCAAAGGUGAUUCUGUGCCCAUUCUUAAUGGUAACGUGAAACAGGAGAUAAAAGAGGAGAAGAUAAAUGAAUCUAACGGUUCAUCGGAGAGCAAGACCAACGGCGAGGACAAAAACUCACCGCUGAACUGGUUGGCCGAUGUGGCACUGCAGAAUCAGGACAAAAACGAUAGCGGCUCGGACUCGGACUCGGAUGAUGAUCGUGAGGGUAAUUACUCGACAUUGCGGGAGUUGCUCAUAAGGCCGUCGCACAAGUCAAACGGUAGCGGCGGAUCCAGAUCGAAUUCACCUACGAACAAUUCCAGUGGUGUGAAUAACGCUCCGCAGAAUAACGUCGCCAAGUCUGGCAAAAAGUCGAAAAUGGAUACGCUUGACGAAGUAAUAUCUAGUGUGAUCGAACACAGCGUGAAAAAAGAAAAGGACAGUGGUCUGGAUGACGAAAAGCCACGGGAAUUGAAACACUUCGUACGACGCUACAAGUGGACACAACGCGGUCGUGAGCCGUUACCAAUCAGAAUUAUGACGGGUACAGAGAGUCGGAGUCUUUAUCCAGACGUGCCACACUCUUGGCUCUGCGACGGCAAGUUGCUGAGGUUAAGCGACCCGAAUAAUCCAAACAACUACAGAAUAUUCCAGGAUCAGUGGAAGCGAGGACAGCCGGUAAUUGUGUCGGACGUCGCCAAGGCGUUGGACAAGAAUCUCUGGCAUCCUGAUUCAUUCGCCCGCGAUUUCGGCGAUGAGAAGAACGAUCUCGUUAACUGUAUGACCGGCAAUCUGGUGCCGAAUCAACCAAUGCGCAAGUUCUGGGAAGGAUUCGAGUACUCUUCUAAGCGGCUUAAGGACGAGCGAGGAAAUCCUAUGCUGUUGAAAUUGAAGGACUGGCCGCCCGGUGAUGAUUUCGCCGAAUUAUUACCAUCGAGAUUCACGGAUCUGAUGAAAGUUCUUCCAUUGUCCGAGUAUACGCAUAGAAACGGCAGGCUAAAUUUGGCGAGUCGUCUACCUAAUUGCUUUGUGAGACCGGAUCUGGGUCCAAAGAUGUAUAACGCUUACGGUUCCGCUCUUCAUUCCAACAAAGGCACGACUAAUCUUCAUCUUGAUAUCUCGGAUGCCGUGAACGUUAUGGUAUACGUAGGAAUGCCAAAGGAUGUUAAUAAUGAGGAAAGUGUCAAAGAUCACACAGCUAGGACAGAGGCGAUGAGAGCGAUAGACGAAGCAGGCUGUGAUAUUCUGACGCGUCGACGUGCUCGCGAAGAGAAGGAGAAUGUGCCUGGUGCUCUGUGGCACAUUUACGCAGCGCGUGACGCAGACAAAAUUCGAGAUCUUCUGAAUGCCGUUGCCUUAGAACGCGGAGCUCGUUUGGAACCUCACCACGAUCCUAUACACGAUCAAAGUUGCUAUUUAGAUGGACCAUUGCGGGAGCGAUUGUAUCGAGAAUAUGGCGUUGAAGGGUACGCUAUCGUCCAGUGUCUAGGCGAUGCAGUAUUCGUGCCAGCUGGCGCGCCACAUCAGGUCCGUAAUCUUCAAAACUGUAUAAAGGUGGCCGAGGACUUUGUGUCGCCGGAGAACGUUUCGCAUUGCUUCCACUUGACCCAGGAAUUCCGUGCACUAUCCGAUACCCAUACGAAUCACGAGGAUAAGCUUCAAAUCAAGAACAUUAUUUACCAUGCCGUGAAAGACUCUCUGACCGUUUUAGCCAAUGUUAAGGAGGAUACUCUCGCUAAACUCGCCAAGGCUAACAAUGAAACGAAAACAAAGGAAGAGACUUAGCCUUAGGUCUUCCCCGAACGGUCAUAAGACCGAUUGAUAAUCCCCUUGAUUGGAUCUCUUCGUUCGUACGAGAUCGAUCGCAGUCAGCGCUUCCGGACAUAGCGAAGUUGACGCAACCGGAAGAAUCUGCAGAAGAAGACCGCCCUUGCUGCAAAAAGAUCGUUGCGGAGGUGCGAGAAUUUGUUGUGAUAUUUGUGAUGAAGAUUUAAUGAUUUUAAUCGGAGGAUUUGAUUUGCGGUAUUGGCUGAGCCAAUAAACAUUAGUUGCAUAUUGCUUCAUUCGAAUUUUCUUAUAUACAAUUCUUUUUUGCUCUCCCAUUCUCCGCGAGAAAAGGUACCCGCGGACAUGAAGUCCGAUGAGCUGCUCUAUUACGAGUGAAAACAAAAUCGUAGCUCGGAUCGCGCAUAGAUAAAACGCCGCGUCCAUUACUAUUGUGAUAUAAGAAGGACUUUGGAUCGUAUACAUUUAUUUGUAAUUAAUUAUAUCGUGCCUGUAUCCAAUACAUACACUCAUUUACACAUAUACACAUAC